CUUGUAGAGUCCUUACAUUGCGGACAGCGAGGCUUACGAAUUAUCCUGACGGUAUCGUCGACAUUUCUCGGUAAUAUUUUUUCGUGAAAGUUUGUUAUGCGUACUUUUUCUGGUACCUAACUUUUGAUGAGUUUUGUGAAAUUUAUUUCUAAUUGAAAAAAAAAAUGGAAAAAUCCUGUCGAUAAUAACCUGAACAGAGGUAUCUGUUGGGAUUAAAAAGAAGUUGCUAUCCAGCCUUGGAGAGUUGUCAUUUUCGUCAACCGCAGUUGUUUUAUCAACGAGUACCUCACCCAUGCCGCUGUAAUUGUAUUUUACAUUAUUUAUCAGAUUCACGACUACCAAGUAAGAAAUCCGCAACUGAGAGCCUUUACCCAAGAAACACGACAAAAACCGUUCUCUCGAGCUAUAAAAUCUUAUUAAUUUCAACAAACUUUGCAUUUGUAUGGGAACAGACUGUAAUAUAAAAAAACGCGAGUGUAAGGUAUUGUGUAUAAAUACAAUGUUUUUUCAGUGACAAAAGAUGCAAUAUCUUUUAAACAAACUUCUGUGCUGUUUUAUUUUGGCAGAACUAACAGAAGUGGUCUACUCAACACGCAAUGGAAUUAAAUGGGUAAGGGUCAACGUACCUCAGUACCGGGUACCAGGUGAAAUAGCCCAGCUGCAAUGUGAUUACGAUUUGGGCGACGAGAGCCUGUAUUCGGUCAAAUGGUAUAAAGAACAUGAAGAAUUUUAUCGAUACGUACCAAAAUCUCGACCCCAGUCAAUAUCAUAUAAAGUAGAGGGAGUAAAUGUCGAUAUGAAUAAGUCAGAUAGCAGGAAAGUGGUCCUUCAUUCCGUGAACUGGAAAACUAGUGGAUUUUUCAGGUGUGAAGUGUCAGCUGAGGCGCCAUCAUUCGCCAGCUCACAAAGCGAAGCUAGGAUGGAAGUUGUCUCCCUUCCGGAAGAAGAUCCGAUAAUUUCCGGUGUCGAGGAACAAUAUCAAAGCGGAGAUGAGAUAAACCUGAACUGUACUUCGGGACGGAGCCGACCGGCGUCGAUACUUCAUUGGUACAUAAACGAACAACAGAUACAGAAAUCAGAAGCUCUUAUGCAAUACCCUAUAGAACACCAUGCUCAAGGCCUAGUCACGACUACUCUGGGUUUAAGAUUUACCCUUAGCAACCGCCAUUUCCUGGGAGGUUCAAUGAGGGUGAAGUGCGUAGCAUCGAUAGCUCCAGUACUUUUCAGUGAGGACACAGAGACUGUAGUUAAAACCGUGCCAGUCAUGAGGGAUAUGCGAGAGGCGCUUUUAUUGGUUAAAAGUUUCUCGAGCCAGAGUAGAGAAAAUCUAACCUUCGGCCUGUUAAUAUUUAGCAUAAUUAAUUUAUUGGUAACAUAGUGUUUUGAUUUCUUGCAAAAUUUGAAAAUCUCUGUUAGGAAGCCAGUUUUUUUUGUGAUUUUCUGAAAUUUAGGAGAUAUUUUCAUGAUGUUACCUACAUUCUUUUUUUAGAUAGUUGUAUGAAUUUAGAUUGUAACGUUAUUUUUAGGAUCUUUUUACUUUUUAUACCUACCGUUGCCCUGUACAAAAAAAUACGUUGUGCAUAUCUUCUUCAAUUUAUUCUGAAUAUCAUGUGUCAUUUUUAUUUUCUUAGUUUUUAUGACGGAAACAGUUUCAUUGAAAAAAUCAUAAAAAGGAAACUGUUUCUGUUCUAGAAUCGAUUCAUGAAGGUUGAUCGACUGUUAUUGCAUUCGUGUUUUUGGACGUGAUUUGAAAAAUCAAUAAUCCUUAUAGAAUAUCAUGGUCCAAGUCAUCAUCCAUAAAUGCAAUGGUAUUAAAAAUACAAACAAAAAAUAUAUAUUUUUACAAAUUUAUUAUAGUCUUCUAGAAAUUGUAGGUAGAACCAUUUGAUUUGUUGUCGACAAUCUAGAAAUUGAGCUAUUCGUUUCAACUCUAUUUAUAAAAUAAAAAUAAUUAUUUUUCUAUGACCAUCAAAAAAUGAACAACUUUCGUAAUAUUUUACCCUAACCGAAAACGUGAUUAGAAUUUUACAUCUUAAAUACAUUAUUUCAUAUCCAAUUAUAAUUAAAUUUUGUGGAGCACAAUCAAAAAACAUAGUUCAUCACAAAAUUAUGUAAAUUUUGCUAUAUAUUAAUAAGAACUGCGGUGUAAUAUUGCGGCACUUUUACUUUAUCAAAACUUGAACUAAAAGCAUGAGAAGACUACUAAAUUAUGGCAGCCGAAAAACUGCUUACGUCAUCAAUGCUGGUCUUGUCACUGAAUCCCCCUUCCGCUUUCAUCUUACAUGCGUGACAGGAACUUUUCCUAAAAACCUAAAAACCUAAAAAUCUAAAAUCCUAUCGGACAAAUAUAAGUGAGUGCCUUCAGGUAGCCCCCCUGAGUGGCGCGAAGUAUGAGUAGCCACGAAUUAAACACUUUUGGACUUGGCCGGAGGAUAUGUACGUAGUUGCGACUGUGUAGUGCGCACCGCUGGUUUAAGAAUCGAAAUUGGGAAACACUGGGAAGAUGACGGCUCCGGUAGGGUCAAGUUAUCUGGUAUCAAUGCCGGAGUUGUAGCGUCUACUGACGGAAAAAUAACUGGAGCUGCAACUUUGGUUGCAGUUGUCGUCCCGGUUGAUCGGUCGACCUCAAUAAAUGCGGGUUUCAGUCGCUCAGUAGAUAUGAUUGUAGGAGUACCAUCCAAAUCAAUUUUGAAAACCUAAUCAUUUAGUUUUUCGAUAAUUGCCCAAGGUCCACGGUAUGGAGCUUCAAGUGGCUUCUUGCUCUGCAGUGAUUCGCGGCUGGGGCUGAGCGCUGGUUUCUCAUCAUCACCCGAAAUUUUUCGAUGAUCAUUUGAGGUUCAGGACCAACCUCCUCGUCGAUGAAGUACUCGCCUGGUAAUCGAAGUGUUGUACCAUAAAGCAUUUCAGCUACACUGGCUUUAAGGUCCUCUUUGAUGCUAGCUCGCAGUCCCAGCAGUACAACUGGCAAGGUAUCGACCCAGUUACUUGAAACUUGACACCUGAUUGCUGAUUUGAAUGAUCUAUGCCAACGUUCAAUCAUACCAUUCGAAGCAGGAUGGUAAGCCGUCGUUCGGGUACGGUUGCUUCCAAUGAGUUUCGCCAAAGCAUUGAACAAUCUGGAUUCAAACUGUGAGCCUCUGUCACUAGUUAUAGUAACAGGAGCGCCAAAAGGGCUGACCCAUCCGUUGAAGAAGGUGUUGACAAUGGUGUCUGCUGAGAUAUCUUUUAGAGGAAUAGCUUCUGGCCAACGUGUGAAUCGGUCGAUCAUGGUCAUGCAGUAGCUGUAACCUUGGCGUGGUGGCAUAAUGACAAUGUCCAUGUGAACAUGAUUGAAGGAAUAUCAAUCUUCAGCGGAGCAUUCUUAGUGUGACGAUGAACCUUACUUCGCUGACAGGGUAGACAGGUCCGUGCCCAUUGUAUGAUGUCUCUGUACAUGUGUGGCCAGACGAAACGCUCUUGAAUCUGUUUCUUAGUUGUUCGUCCGUUAGGAUCUGACAAGUUAUGCACGUUGUCAAAGAUGCGUCGUCGUAGUACCACAGGAAUUUAGGGGCGGACACGAUCUCCUGCGACAUCGCAGAAGAUAGUCGUUUCGGUGUUGUCAACUCUUAGUUCUUUUAACUGCAAUGAAGUGGUAUUAGAGCUAAGCAGAUGUCGAAGCUGUUCGUCGUUUGCUUAGUGGUUAGCAAUUUCUGCUGUGGAAACAAUAACAGGCAUGUGAAUUGCGUUGAUCCUUGAAAACGCAUCGGCAACGAUAUUGGAUUCACCAGAAACAUGGACAAUAUUUGUCGUGAAUUGACUAACGUAUUGCAAAUGUCGCUGCUGUCUAGGAGAUGCUUUCUCGGAGCUGUGUGUAAAAGCAUAUGACAAUGGUUUGUGGUCAGAGUAGACUGUCACGUUGCGCCCUUCAAUGUAGUGUUUGAAAAACUCCACCCCCCUAAAAAUAGCCAACAAUUCGCGGUCAUAGGCGCUGUAGGCCCUCUCAGCUUUGGAAAGCUUUUUGGUGUAGAGACCUAAAGGUUGUGUGAUGCCGUUGACUGUUUGAUCCAAUGUAGCACCUAUAGCCUUGUCAGAAGCAUCGCAGUGGAGUGAAAGCUCAGCCUCAGAUGCUGGGUAUGCCAGCUGGAUGGCAUUGACAAGAAGCUCCUUGCAGCGAACUAAAGCUUCAUCUGCCUCAGGGGUCCACAGCACCGGACGCUUGUUAUUCUUCUUGGAGCCUGGUGGAAUGAGAUCAACAAGUGGAGCAUGAACUUCAGCCGCAUGAGGCAUAUUGAGUCUGUAGAAGUUCCAGGAACCAAGAAAUCUGCGCAGUUCCGCAACCGUCUGUGGUUUUGGAUAGGACUCUACUACUUCUACACGUUUUGGCGGAGGUUUUAUGCCUUUCCUGCCUACAGUGUAGCCAAGAUAAGUUACCUCUGAUUGAGCGAAAAAACACUUGUGUGUGUUAACUGAGAGUCCGUGUUGUUGCAGCUUGUUCAACACUGUGCGGAGAUGUGCCUCAUGUUCAGUUGAAAACUUUGAGGCAAUUAGAAUGUCAUCGAUGUAAACAUGGCAAAAAUCAAGUCCUCGAAAGAUCUAGUCCAUCAUUCUCUGGAAAGACUGAGUCGCGUUACAAAGACCAAAAGUCAUCACCUUGAACUCAAAGAGUCCAAAAGGUGUUAUGACUGCAGUCUUAGGUCGAUCUUCAGGUGCCAGAGGAAUCUGAUGAUAGGCUCGAGACAGAUCUAAUGUAGAGAAGAUGUUGCAUCCAUAAAGUUGAAAAGUGAAAUCUCGCAGAUGUGGAAUUGGGUAUCGAUCAGGAACUGUGACCUUGUUCAAACGCCGGUAGGCUCGACAUGCGUGCCAACCACCACAUUUUUUUGGAACAAGGUGCAAUGGGCUGGCCCAUGGACUGUUUGAAGGUUCGCACAGUUGUUGUUCCAUCAUUAAUUUAAACUCUGCCUUUGCAGCCUGCAGCUUGUCGCCAGUAAGCCAUCGAGCUCUUUCCGCAACUGGCGGACCCUGGGUCAUAAUAUAAUGUUGGACUCCAUGAAUUGGUACUUUGCAUCCUACUGGCCUUGUUACACCAGGAAAUUCCUUCAAAAGGUGAAUGAAAGGGUGCUGCCAACUCACCGUACAAACUGUAGGCUGUGUAGAGUGUACAAGCUGUAUUACCCUAGACUGCUCUGUUUUGGCAUCAAGAAGUCGUUUCCUCUGAAGAUCCACCAAAGGCCAUGUUAUCUGAGGAAGUCAGCGCCAAGUAUUGGAUGAGUGACUUUAGCAACAAUGAAGGUCCAGGUAUAAGGGCGUCUCAAUUCCAGAUUGAGUGUCAGCGUGGUAGUUCCGAAGGUAUCGAUUGUCGAGCCACGAGCCAUUUGCUGCGUAAAGCUUCAUGUUUGUUUCUGGUUUUGCAGUUUUGACAGAAGAAUUCAGACUAUUCUUGGGCAAAACCGAAAUAUCGGCACCUGUGUCCACCAGAAAUAGCAGUCUGGUCGACUUGUCUUGAAUUUGCAAGUGGGACGCCAUUGUAGCCUUUGGAGACGCUUGCUAUCGCUGAAGACCUCUCUAGUUUGACGUCUGAGGAUGUUGCCUAUUCUUGAAGGAGCAAGGACUACGACAGCUGCGUGGUUUGGCACCAAAUCGCUGGUGAUAAAAACAAUAUUCAUCUUCAUCACGAUUUCUGGAAUAUGUUCUCUCCCGUGAACGUGCUCUGUGUCUGGACUGGUCUCUGCCUCUGACAUGCUGAUCUAGAUGUUCAAAGUUUUUUGUUAGGCCAUCAAUUCGGGCUGUGAGGUUUUCCAGAGUAAUCGACGGGUCACUGUUAUUGGAGAUUGAUUACUUAGAUGCUAUUGUUGAGGCACUGGAACUGGGAUAUUUGUCGAUGGCAAGUACAGUAGGCUUUGUGACUUCCAUAAUCUUAUCUGCCUGCAAGGCUAAGCGUGUGAGAUCCGCUACCUCACUGAUGGACAGGAUGCCCCUAACUUGUUCAGGCAGGUGUUCCAAGAACAAGGUACGUAGAACAGUGUCACUCACUUGGUUGCCAGCCAAAUUUUGGAGACGUUGGAGGAAAUUUGAUGGUUUCUCGUCGAAAAACUCGACGCCUUUGAACAUUCGACGUAGUUUGGACUUAUUAGUCUCAGAGAAGGAAUUAAUCAAACGCUCUUUGAGAGUAUCAUAUUUAUCUUAAGCAGGUGGAUUUGUAAUAAUGUCAGAGACAAAAGGUAGUGGUUCGGUGUUUAAGUUAGCCACAAUGUAAUGGAAUGUAGUAGUGUCCGCAGUGAUACGAGAUAUCGCGAACAUGACUUCAACCUGCGAAAACCAAAGUGUUGGGUUUUCUUUCCAAAAAGGUGUUAAUUUAGCUAAACGAGCCUGAGCAAUUUCACGCCCACCUAGGGUACCUGAAGGAUCUGCCAUUGCUACUCGCUGCGCUGCAGUGUUGAGAUUUGCUGUAGGAUCAGGAGAGAGUGAUCACGCGCGUGAACAUCCACGAAAGGCACCAAACAUUUCACCACAACGCCGGAACUUUCCGGAAACAGUUCCAAACAAAAAGAUAGCACUGAAAGUUCACGAGCUCUGCUCAGAUUACGUCGGGGUCACCAAUUUGUGGCGUCUAUCGGGCCAAAGCUUCUGACAGGACAAAUGAGAACUGAUUAUGGCAUCCGAAAAUCUGGCUAACGUCAUGGAUGCUGGUCUUGUCACUGAAUCCACCUUCCGCUUUCAUCUGACAUGCGUGACAGGAACUUUUCCUUAAAACCUUAAAACCUAAAAAUUUAAAAUCCUAAAAUCCUAUCGGACAACUAUAAGUGACCAAUGACCUAUUAACACAGAUAGACAGAACAUCCCAUUGAUAAAAUAGCUUUGUUUUGGUUGACUACAUGUUUAUGGGCCAGGGGGGGUGAGCUGUGGAAGCGGCUAGGAGUAGGGAUUCAAAUGAUUCCGCUAGCUCCGCCCCCAUUUUACUAUCGCAUACUUGGCAACUCUGAAAAUGAAAUCAGAAUUAGUGCUACAAAAGUGUAUCCUUAUCCUUAUAUUUUACAUAAUUUUAGAAAAAGAUGCGGAUACACUCACUGCGCACUGAUUGACAAAUGGAAAUUGUCAUAAAAUAUCUGCUCGUCGCAUUUUGACAUGACAAUUGAAUAGAAGCCGCUGAUUGGUGGAAAGGUGGAAUUCGAGGUGGGAUUUAUUUUUUUGCAGCGUUGCUAAUUUUCAUCGAAAAAUAAUCGCUUUCCACGUGUUGGAGAAAGAUACAAAAUAACACAAGGAAUAAUAAGUAGUGGGGAGAGAUGCGGUUCCUGGCAUGUAGUCAACCGAUAUUAUUGUUUAUUGUUCUGUCUAUCUGUGUUAAUAGGUCAUUGGCCCUCACAUUCACGUUUUUGAGCGCCAUCUAUUAAACCAAGUAAGAACCCUUGUGAAAAAACCAUUAGUUUAACAGCAAAAACCCAAAUAUGGUCAUAGAAAAAGUAUAGUGUUUUACUCGUUAAAAAUCAUUUUUUGCAACUUGAAAACCUUACCAAACUUGACUUCGCCUCGUUUGAUAAACUGUUUUCUCCAUGCAAAAAAUGCUGUUUUCGUCACUUGGUAAACAAUAUACUAUUGUCAGUAUGUAACUAGAAUUUAAAAACUUAAGAAAAGAAAUAAUUAUUCUUGUAGCUCAAGAUAAAAUAUGUAUAUAAAAACAUAAUAUUUAACCUUUUUCAUUUAGAAAAUUAUUCAGGUUGGUGAGCUGACGAUUAAUAAAUUUGGCUUAAAUUGUAAAUAGGCUCUAAAAACUCUUUCUUAUAAUUUAUUCAUUAAGCUAAUGAUUUAUAAACAAGCGACGUGAUAAUGUAAAUUAUAAAAAUGUAUACAAACAUAUCUUGUGUUGUAAAUAGGUCUGAAAGGAAAUGUCUUAGCCGCUCGAUCUGUUUCUAUUAUUCAAUGACAUAAAUAUUCUCACAAUAGGUAUUUAUGCAACUAGUGUAUGAAGUGAAACUUUUUUCACGAAUGUGAAUUUUGAAAAUCACAUGAGUGAAAAAAGGUGUUUUACAUAUGUGUGCAUACAAAAUUUUUUCUACUACCAAUAAAAUAUGUGUAAAAAAAAACAAAACUAAAUAUUAAUACAUGAUACGGGUAAAGCAUAAUUUUGUCGGCGGAUCUGGUGAACUGUUGACUGGGAAUAUCUAGCUUAUCGAGCAAUAGAUCAAGUGCUUAUUCCAGAGCUCUUUUCCACCAUCGCUAAAAUAUGUUUUUCAUAGGCAGGUGGCAUUUUGCUUGCAGGUCCCCGAUUAACAUUUUGCACACUUACACUUCCCGUAUCACGCAAUCUCUACAAAACGGGCACAAUAGUCUUUCAUUAAGUGCCGUCCUAUUAAGAAAUAUUUCCUGGCUGCUAAAUGAGCAUUUGUAACGAUUCUCUGUAAACAAGUAACAUAUCUGCCUAUUCGACAUUUGUAAACAUUUUAUUUUCAAAAGAGUACGAAUCACGCGCGCAUUUCCAAAUCUUCAAGUAACUGAUAACUGACAACAAGGCAAAUCAAGAAUCAAUGAAUCAGUUCAACCACCUAUUCUUUUUUUGUGCUAUGUUGUCAGAUGUUUAGACAGGUACCGUAUUACGAGUAACAUUGUCAUGUUUUUUGUUUUUUUAAAUAUUCAUUACCUUUUGUUUUUUGAAUAAAAAUGCAUCAUUACUUAAUAAACAAUUUUUUUUUACAUCUCGUAAUGAUUGAAAUUUUCUUUAUCUUUCAAAUUUUCGUCAAAAAAUGACAAAACAAAAAACCCUUUUUCUUAAAAAUGGUUGAGUUUGAACCGACUGUUGUUUAAACUUUUUUUCUUCAAAAUGAGCCAUAUUUUCCCGUGUUAAAAUUUUUGUAGUCAAACCUGAUAUACCCUGUAUACCUAUACAUAUAUCAAUAUAAUAUAGGUAUAUGACAUUUUUAUAAAAUUGAAAUUUAAUGUAGAAAAAGUUCGUGUCCCCAAACAAAUUCAAAGGAAGAAGGAAGUAGUCGGAUAAGGACAAUUUUUUUUUGUCUUUAUCCGACUACUUCCUUCUUCCUUUGAAUUAAAAUUUAAUGGCGAUAAUGGAUAGGAUCAAGCGGCGUUGGACAUGUUUGAAUUUAGGAAAAUGAAAGAUGUACAGUCAUAGGCACAAAAAAUGGGACACCCGAUUUUUCCCAUUGUAAAACGGGCCCACCAGCUACACCGUGGGCAAUGACAAGGAUUGUCAUAUUUGAAAAAAAAUCCGUUGUACAGAAAAGACUGACUUACCCGAAAUAGCGAAAAAUGAUAAGACCUGUCAGUCGGGUGUCCCACUUUUUAUGCUCACGACUGUACCUCUGUUUUUUAGGUAUUAUUAGGCUCUUCUUGAAACACCUGUAUCAGGCCUGGUUGUACAUUCCAAAUUCAAACAGCAGAUUAGUUGAACUGAACCACUCAUUGAACUUAGAAUGUACAAGUGGCCUAUUUCGAAAAAUAUUUUGUAUUUCUUUGCAGUAGGAAAAUUUUCAAUAGUAAUAUAACUAGUGCAAUGGAAAUUAUUGAUAAUUUUUGGGAAAUUGGCUCGAAUAUGUCACACACGUAGUGCACGAGUGCCUUUUUCAGUUAAAAACGCAUGAGUGCAAAUUUGUCGAAAAUUAUAAAUAUAUUUCCAUUGCACGAGUUGAAUUUAAUGGGAGAAUUUCAUAAAUCAAAAAUUUAAAUUUUUUGUCAAAAAAUGUCGAAACACCAGUUUUCGCACCAGUUAGUAUGCAAUUAUCUGAUAAUUUGCACUAGUGCAAAUUAUCGCGUAGUUACAAUCUGAUUGGUUCAAAUCAACAAUCAAAACAUGUCAAUUUAUUGUUGGAAUACCAGUUUUGACAGAUGUAUGAAAUUCUCAUUAAUAUAUAAUUUACAAAUUGUACAUUGACAAUAUCAAAACAAUCUUGCUGUUAGUUAGUAAGAACGUAUUUAGUGUUAACAAUGAGGCUUUUUUUACUUGCACAUGAGCUACCCUCCAUGAAGAAUUAUUUGAGAAGGUUGCUUAUAUCAUUCGAAAAGUAUUAUUGUAUGUAUGCAGGGUUUACUUUCAAAAAUUAAAACGUGUGAUACCC